AUGGCACACAAAUCAGCUUCGUUCAAAGCCGGUUUUUCUUCAAGUACAUCCUCAAUUGACGAUGCUUUUUCAAAACCGGUUGUUCGCAGAAGAUUCCAAAACACUAUUGCUCAGCAUAAUCUCAGUGAAACCACUGACGAUACCGUUCUUCCAUCAGUCUCAGACGAUUCUUCAUCUCCGCAUAACCGGGCGCAGGUUUUCUCACCGCCGAUCAGCAUUCCAGAAACAUUGUCAGAUGGAAACGCAGACACUAAUCUUUCAAGUUCAGACAGCGAAUCUGAUAUACCAGCAUCAAGUCAGAAUUCAACGGGUUCAUUAAGUCGAAAAUUAGAAUCUUCCAAAAUUACAACAGAACAGCCUAUAAGAGAAAAAAAGUCGAGGCCGUAUGAGUUUGAAGAAGACGACGGAGUUGCGCAGCCUAAUUUCAAAAAAUUAAAGGAGGAACCGCAAGGAAUUGUUGGCGCAAAAUUCAUUCCGAAAAAGGACAAAAAGCCAGUAUAUAAUCAUAGAUGGAACUCUGAUGACGCUGAAGAAGAUGAGGAUGAUAUUCCACCUCCACGUCAAUCUUCCUCUUCCUCAAAAUCCGAUUCAUUUGCUUUCGAUGAACGAAAACCCAUUCAACCAGUACUAUCUGCCCAACCAAGACGUCCCAUUUAUUGCCGUCAACCGAAACCUUCCUCGUCGUCAUCAUCAUCUUCCUCCUCGUCUGCAGCAUAUCUUCGCAUGAAAUCCCGUGUUAAGAACGUCAAAGAUCCGAACGAAAUCCUCGAGUCUGGCGAAUAUGACGAUUUUAAACAAGACAUCGUGUACAUUCUGAGCACAUUGCGCAACAAAUCGUCUGCUGUGAAUGUCAAAUGUCUGAGCGCCAUCUCGCUGGCUCGUAAAUGCGUCAUUCCCGAGUUUCGGCAGUUUAUCAAAAGCGAGGGAAUGGGGAGUAGCGUGUUCCGCGCAUUGGCAGAUGCUCCCGAGAAUGAGAUUUUCGCGCUCACCGCGUCCACCGUCAUUUAUCUGCUGUCGCGCGAUUUCAACGCGGUCAAAAUCGAUUUUCCGUCGUUGAAAUUGAUCUCGCAGCUGUUGCGUGUCGAAACGCUUGGAGAGGAAUGCGAUGAAAGGGAGAGAAUGCUGAAUAUGGUUUGGGAUGUGUUCAACACUUACAUUGAGAAACAAGAAGUUGGAGGAAGAAAGGUGACAUUUGAAAUGAAGAAAGAGAAUAUUUGCGCAUCGUCGCUUGUUUUGGAAGCAAUGGUGUUCAUUAGUACUCGAUGUUCGAACGACGAAGCAUUCAAGACGGAGCUUCUCAACUUGGGAAUUCUCCAAUGGAUCGUCGCCAAAGUCGAAGCGAUGGUGAACAAAUUGGAGAAUGAUGAUGAGGAUGAAACCGCUGCCGUGAUGACACUCGAUCGAUGCUUCAGAAUCCUUGAAAACUGCUCGAUGCUCCACAAAAAGAAUCAAGCAUUCUUGAUUUCCCAUCGUGGAAGUACUUUGAUUAACAUGCUCGCCAAAUGCUUGCGAUUGAUGCACGAGAAAGCCGUCAAAAUUUCUGAAGAUCGCGCCGAAAAAUUGAUGUCGGUUUUAGCAUUAAUGGCAAGAGUCCUCAUCAAUUUGUCGCAUGAAAAUGAAUUGUGUUGCUCAAAAUUGGGUCAAAUCGAUGGAUUUUUACCCGCUUGCCUCAUGUCAUUUACAUAUUUGGCGCCGAAAUAUGCCGGUGAUGACAAGAAAUUUGAUAUAUAUGUUAUGAUGUCCUCAUUAUUAACCAAUCUUGUUGAAAGGUGUAAUGUGAAUCGAAAAAAACUAAUUGGAAUCAAUGUUAAAGUUUGUGAUGUUGACGGGCAAGUUAGUGAAGCAGAGUCACUUCAAGCAAUAACCAAGCUAUUCGUUCAUCAUGAAUCUCAAGCAAAAACCAUCGACGAAGAUUUGGAUAAAGAAUUGGCUUUCGAGGAAUGUGAAGGGGAGGAAAAUGAAGAUGAUGGUAGUAGCGAUGAUGAAGACGGUGCGAAGAAAGAUGGACGACUUGACAGAAACAAAAUGGAUGAUAUGAACGAUGAUGAUAUGGUUAAUGCUGUGCAACAAGUCAUGACUAAGGCUCAUGCUCAUAUGGAAGAUAGUAUUAUUGCGUCGUAUCUCGCUUUAUUAAUUGGAUGUCUUCUUCAGCAAAAUGAGGAGCACGUUGACGAAGUCAGAAAAGAGUUGCCUGACGGAAGCUUUGCGAAGAUGCUUGAACAACUUCAGCGCUUCUUGGAUUUCAUGAAAGUUACAUUAGAGAAAAAGGGCGGUAAUGCGGGAUGUCGAGCGAUCGAGAAGAUCAUUGAUCUUCUGGAGAGACUCGAAUAA